AUGCCCGUUUGCGCGGGCCAAUGCCAGUUUGGCAUGCCCAAAACGUCGGUCUCUGGCUUCACUGUAUCGCUUGGAGAGGGCAUCUUUGGACGCCGCUUCGGCGGUGUGGGACUGACAUCCACCGGGGACUCCCCUCUAUCUCAGAUGCGUAACAGCAAAUUUGUCCCCUUUGUCUCCAGCAACAACUCCAAGUUCCCGUUUAGUUUUUUUGGCAUAGGAAGGCACGGUAGACGUGUCAAAGACGGAGACGCUGUGGUCAUCUCCCAGUUGUCCCCCAGUCCGCAAAUCGUUCAUCCGUCGCAAAUUCUCAACGAAUUCAUCCUCCAACAGUCUCCCAAAACCUCAGUCGUGAUCACUCAUGACGAUGACUGGUCUGACAUCCUGGAAGAUGACGGUACUCCAAAUGCGGUCCAAAGCAUUUUCGCUUUCCUGCAACAAAUCUGCGAGCGGUUCGACAUCGCAUCAGAAGGCGGUGCACGCUAUCUGAUUCCAAAAACUAGCCGCACCUCGACCCACAGACAAGCACUUUCUCUCGCCGACCCGCAAGAUACCCCCAGUCACUCUAAAUCUACUCGCCCACCCCGAAUAAGGCGCCACUCGCUCAACCUCCCCGAGAUGUACAAAAACGAAGAUCUUACAGCGAACGAAGCUUCUGACGACGUCGCUGCUGCCGCUGCUGCUCAUGGGGACUUGAGAAGAAACUCGAUCCAGGAGCCGGUCGGGACGAGGCCCUCGUCCCCACCCUUUGAACCGGCAAAAACUGCGGAUGCAGCUGGCGACGAGAAGCUUUGAAAGCUUUGUGUAGUAUAUGCGACCGCUGGUCAUUCAAGGUCUAAAGCUGUGAUUAGUAAUGUGGUGUAAUUGUACAGGAGAGGCGAAUAUCUAUCAUGUGCUGCGCUGUAACAAGACCGUAUCUUUCCAGUCGAGAUUGGGGCCGGUUAGAAUAGGAUCAGGAUCCCAUGAAAUGUUACACGUUUAGCCACAAAUACAAUGAGUGGGGUUUGAC